UCCAACAUCAUAAAUGGCAUCUACAUGCCCAUCAAGGAAUUGUUUCAAACGCGUUGUUAUAAGAUGUCCCAGCAGUCCUGCUGGCAUAGCAUCUCCUAUAUGGGACAUACUGCAGUUAUGACUGAGCUGCUGAGACUUCAGGAGAACAACCAGCUCCCGUCAUCAGUGUCUGGUGAAGACAUGAUUAAGCUGAUGGAGGAGGAGAGCAAUGCAUCGCUGAGAGUGCAGAACUGGCAGCAUCAGCUGGAGGAAUACAAAGACCCUGAGUUCCUCCCACAGCUCAAUCUGUACAAUCUGGUCUGGGAGGUGAGCAACAGUUUGAAGAAGAGGGACAUUGAGUUUGAGGCACGACAGUUCCUCAAGUCUCCAAAGACCAUUCCUCCUCAGUUCAGAGAUCCCAGGAUCAUCAGUUUUGCUCAGGAGUUCUCCAGCAUCCUGAAGGAGCAGCAGAAGCAGCCCCUCACCUCCAAACGCCUGAGCCCACCAAAGGUGGUGCUGCAGGUGGUGCCUAAGGUCCUUCAGGGCUUCUGGCUGCCUCCUGAAGACACCUGCCUGAACAUGCCGUCCCAGCACCUCAGUGUUCUGGCUGUUAGCCUGACCAAAGCAGUUGAGGACAAGGUCUCCGAACUUCUGCCCUCACUGCUCCAUGAAGUCAGCUUCACCCGCUCCACCAGGGACAAAAUGGUCAAGUCGAUCCAGGACAGUGUUAGACGGAGCUUCACUCGCCCCGUCCUGAUGGAGAAGAUCAGCUGCUUUGCAGUAGAUCUGAUGAAUUCCAUCACCACCAUUGCAUCAAAUAACAUCUGUGAGCUGUUUCAGCUAUAGAUUUCAACAAAGGAGCCAAACACUGUUGCUCAAGAGGUGAAAAAGGAGCCUCAUCAGGAGUCAGCAUUCACUCCUCCACCACCAGCUCCUCCUGUGACUCCUCCUGCUUUCACCAGUACAGAGCAGAAGAAUGUGGACCUCAAGGCCAAGACACAAAAGUUUGAACAGUCUAAAAAGGCUCGGCUGAGUCUGUCCCUUCACUCACUGGUGAAGGAAAAAUCUCUGCUGCUCUUUUCUAACUAAAGACGCAGAGUGAAAAAACUAUUCCCUCGCAAUAUUGGAUCUAAUUAUCAUGUAUCUCAUUUCU